UAUAAUUUUUUUAUUGUUUUACGAAAAACGUAAACGAAAUAACGAAUAAGUUAUUCUUGCAGCUUUUUUGCGGCUUUGCCAUUUGUGAGGCUUUUAUGAUUUGUCGCUUCUUUCGCGUCGAAGAUGAGUUUUGCCAGAGUUUUUCAUAUUGGCUAGCGAAAAACUGAGCGAAAAUUGCGCCACAGCAAGCAGUGCAAAGUGAUUUUUCCUGCGCUUAUCACGAGCAAAAUUGUGCUGAUGCGGUAACUUAUGCGCUUUCUCACGGUUAGCAAAUGUCUGCUUUUUUGCGACGGGGUUAAAAAUGGCUUUGUGUUUGUACAAUUUCCUGCAUUGAAAAUCUCUGGUCCUGGAAUAGCAGCAUCUCUGCGUAUUGGUAGACGGCAGUAUUGGUCGAAAGCAAGCAGAAUGUCCAAAUUUGUGACGCGACUCAACGUGGUCUCGGGGAAAAUGGAAUGGGGCCUCCUGGACGACGAUUACGAUUAUUGGCAGGAGAUUGCUCGAUCACGUUAUGGAGACAUGCUGCAUGACACCGAGCGCAACGUAAAAUAUUCCAUAGGCUUAAAAAAAGCCAUUGAUGCGGUACACGCACGCGGACAGAAAGCCAACGUACUGGAUAUCGGAACGGGCACUGGUCUGCUGGCCAUGCUGGCGGUCCGUCACGGCGCCGAUUCUGUUACCGCGUGCGAAGCCUUUGAACCGGUGGCGCAGGCUGCUCGCCUGAUUAUCGAAGACAAUGGCAUGGUGGAUAAAAUCAAGCUGAUUAUGAAACGAUCGACAGCCAUCCGAGUUCCUGAAGAUCUGGAACAGCGCUGUAAUAUUCUGGUGUCGGAGGUUUUCGAUACGGAACUGAUUGGCGAAGGCGCACUCGGAGUGUUUAUCCACGCACAUGAGAAUUUACUAACAGAGGAUGUUAUAACGGUUCCAUAUUCGGCUACGGUGUAUAUUCAGGUUGUGCAAAGUGAUUUCUUGUUGCAUCACAAUCAUCUUGCAGACAAUACCGGUUUGAAUGUCCCAGUUGAAUGGAAAGACUGUCCCGGUCCGGCAUCGGUUCAUGACGUUCAGCUGAGCCAACUUUAUCCUCGGCAGGACUUUCGCCGACUGUCGGAGACACACCCUGUAUACGACUUUGUAUUUUGCCACCGUAAUAAUUUGCGCUUUCAUGAUGAGAAGACUAUUCAACUUAUGCCGCUGGGAAUGGGACGUUGCGACGCCAUUUUCUUGUGGUGGGAUUUGAAAAUGGACCCAGAAGGAGAAGUUAUCCUGACGUGUGCACCAAGUUGGGCUCAGCAAGAUGCGACCGGCAUCGAUAUGGCUCUUUGUCCUUGGCGGGAUCACUGGAUGCAGGUGACUGAUAUAACAAAGGCUGUUUACCACUUGACACCCCAACUGAAAAUCCACCCCGGAAAUCCCUUCUACGUCCAUUCUGUGCAUGAUGAGUACAGCUUCAAUUUCUGUGUCUCUCAUAGUUCGGAUACUUCUAAGGAACAUCUUAAACAUCUCGUUUGUUCCUGCUAUUCACAUCUGGUGAUGAAUCGAUCGCGAAUGGCGAUGCUGGGCAACGUUGCGCGGCUUAAGUUUUGGGCAAGAACACUUCAGAAAAUGUCGUCACCUCAUCUCAAUCUCCUGUAUAUUGGUUCACCAUCGAAUCUGCCUAUCCUGGCUACUAAGCAAUCAUGGAAGAACAUUUUCAUAAUUGAAAAUGAUCAUCUAGCGUCUCAAGUGUUUAAAACUUGGCUUAAGGCCAACGAUGCCGACAGCCGAAUUACCAUUAUUGAGAAAUUAACGGAUCUUGUUAGCGAUAUCGAUCUUGAUGGGCAAAAGAUUGACGUGAUCGUUUCGGAACCUUACUUCACCAACGCCCUGCUCCCGUGGCAGCAUAUGCUCAUUCUUCUGUCUUACGUUGAACACUUACGUCCUCAUUUGUCACCUAACUUCAAAAUGGUUCCUUGGGAAGCAAGAAUCCGUGGCUGUCUAAUGGACUUUGAUGAUCUAUGGAAAAUCCGUGCACCAGUUGGUUCAGUGGAAGGUAUUGACCUGAGAAAAUUCGACCAGCUGGUGGAAUUGGCUAUGGCCAAAGCUGAUUCGUCCAUUGAGCCGCAACCGUUAUGGGAAUAUCCCGGAAAGAUACUCAGUGAGAUCUUCACUGUUCAUAUUUUUGAUUUGGAUAGACCGCUAGUCAAGGAUUUUCUCAGUGUUUCGGGUUCGGUGGAAGCCGUAACCGAUGGUGCCUAUAAUGGGAUCGCAUUUUGGGUAGAAUAUUCGUUUCCGAUGGAUGGUACCGAUAUGGUGUGGACAACUGGACUGGAUGGAAUACCACUGCCCGGUGAAUAUGUCCGCUGGAAUCCUUAUCAUCGGCAGGGAGUCUACCUCGCCCGGCAAAGUCGAAAGAUUCGCAAAGGCGAUCGGUUGCUGUAUGAAUGCCUUAUCGAUUAUGAAAGUGGAGAAAUGAGUGGGAAGUUCAAUUUUGUUGAUGCAAACCCUGUCUCUGAGUCCAGCAAGACGGUUAACGAGGUGCUUACUGCAAUAUCGUAGUAUGACUGAUCCUCACUAAUAAAUUUUAGUAGUGAUGAUGGUUGAUGGUACAACCAUUGCGUUGUAAUUUAUAAGGCGCACUUUAUGGUCGUUUGUUGUUAGUUGUUUGGAUUGUUUAUCGUUAUUUUUUAUCUAAUAAACCAUGGAAAUGUG